AUGGCGAGUAAGAAGUCUAUCGUAGUUGGGCUUAUUCUUUCUGUUCUUUCUAUUGUGGCUAGAAGUGCGACAACCGCCAUUAGCAAUGGAAAAACGGAACUGAAGUUGGAUUUCUACAAAAGAAGCUGCCCAGAGGCGGAGAAAAUAGUAAGAAGCACCGUGGACAAGUACAUAUCUAGCGCCCCCUCCUUGGCUGCUCCUAUUCUAAGGAUGUAUUUUCACGAUUGUUUUGUAAGGGGAUGCGACGGGUCAGUGCUACUGAAUUCAACGAACAAAGAUGCUGAGAAAGACGCAAUUCCAAAUUUGAGCUUGAGGGGAUUUCAAGUGAUUGACGCUGCAAAGGCAGAGCUUGAAAAGCAGUGCCCUGGCGUGGUGUCUUGCGCUGAUAUUCUUGCCCUCGUCACCCGAGAUGCAGUGGAUAUGAUUGGAGGGCCAGUGUGGAGCGUUCCCAUGGGAAGAAGGGAUGGCGUUAUAUCCCUGAAGAAAGACGCAUUGACAAACCUGCCAUCUCCCUCUGCAAGCUUCGAACAACUUAAGUCCUCUUUCAUUAAAAAGGGCUUAAACAUGAAAGAUUUGGUUGUGCUGUCUGGGGCUCACACUAUCGGCACUUCCCAUUGCGGACCCUUUGCAACUAGAAUCUCCAAACCUACAGACCCUUCCCUAGCUGAGUCAUAUGCGAACAAAUUGAGAAUAAAAUGCAAGCCUGGAGACAAUAAGAGCUUAGUAGAGAUGGAUCCUGGAAGCUUUCGAACAUUUGACAACCAUUAUUACAUCAACUUGAGGAGGAAACGAGGACUUUUUGCAUCAGAUGCUGCACUUGUCACGGAUGCUGAAGCAAACUCUUUCAUAAACUCUGCACUAGCAUCUUCAACUUCUAACUCUACUAGUUGGUUCUUUACUGAGUUUGGAAGAUCUAUGGAGAAGAUGGGUACAAUUGACAUCCUCACUGGGAAUGCAGGACAAAUCAGACGCCACUGCGCUUUGGUCAAUUGA